ACAAACAACUAUUAAGGCCAGACUGUUUAUCAAAAUUAUACUUGUAUCAACAAAUAGAAAGGGUGCAAAAACAAGUUGGCUUAUAAAAAGGAUAUCAAAAAAAGUUGCGUCCCUAAAAAAUGAUAAAUGUGAGUAGAACAUGUAAUCCAAUUUUUUUUAGGUAGAGGGCAGUAGAGAUUCAUAAUUAAAUACGUCAGAUUAAGAAUCAAAUUGCAAGCAAAUGCUGACACUUUGAUUAUUGAACAUUAUAUGUUAGUACAAUCUGUUUUAUAUUUAUUUAUUUUUUUCCUCAACUCAUUACUCAAUUACCCACAAAUAGUGUAGUCCAGUGUAGUCACACAAAUGCUUUUUACAACUGUUGUUAAAAACAUUAAUCUCUCUCUCCCUAAAUCACAAAACACAUUUUAUGCACAUAAGUGGGAGUUUGCAUGUGUCUAUUAUGCUAUUACCCUCUUUGUGUCCUCUUGAGGUCUGAACUAACCUGUUUGUCUGGCUGUUUGCUACCCGGAAACUGAUCAAAGAGUUGGUGAUAGAGUGAGAGAAAGAGAGGGGGAGAGAGAAAGAGAUAAAAAAAGACAGAGACAACCAAGCUAGUUCCGGUCUUGGGCAUACUGAGAGGAGUACCUGUUGAUAGUAUGAUAGAACAACAGAAGGUUGCCAGCAGAAGUAAAAAGUGAGAUCUCAUGGGUGCCAAAGAUAGUGAGAAAGGGUGAGUAAGAAGGGGCGGAGAGACUGUGAAGGGGAGGGAGCUUGCCAGAGCAGGCAGCAUAGAGCAUGUUCAAAAAAUCUCUUGAAAUGUCUGAAAUGAUGUUGCUGUUUGCAGAAGAAAGAAGCUGAGCGUGAUGUGAAUGUCACUCCUUGAAGAGAACAAUAUUUGCUUGAUCAGAUCGGUGGGAGUAUGACAUGGGUUGAGUUGGAUUAUGCAACAGCUUUUGAGACGCACUGCAAAAUGGAAAACUGAACAAAGUAUUAAAAGGUUAAGACAUAUAGUCUCAGGAAGUGUCUUCGAAUGAACUCAAAAUGCAGAAAAAGAAACAGAGGCAUUUUUGGGGAGCUACUCACUUUGGCUACAUGACCUCUGGGUGAGCGGUAUUUGGCUUCACAUACACAGAACAAUGUCCCUGGAAUAAGAAAUUGUGUUAAUUAUAUGUCACUCGUAGGUUUAAAUCAAGGGCCACAUUAUUACAAAGACUGUGUUUAAUCAUUGGGCGAAGGAAGACAUGGGCAGUCUUUAGGCUGCAGAAUAACGGAAGUGAUUGAUAUCAAGAACCUUUGAUGAUCACUGCCCCUCUAGGCACAUGUUGCACUUUCACCAGUCCUUUCAGAGGCCUCUAUGUCGCUCUAUGUACAUGUAAAGUCAUUGGGUCAUCCGGUCUGAAGGAGAAGGACACCACUUCACAUCCAUCAUGGCAAUGGCUGGAAGUACAAGGGGUUUAGGCCAAAGCUUUGAGCUCGAUCCAUUCGACCCUCCAUCCCAGCCCCCCACCAACGCUGACCGCAAACUCCUCGAAAAAGCCCUUAAAAAAUUAUCUAAACUUCACACACUCUGUACUGACUCACGGCUAGGUCUGAAGAAUAGCCCACCAUACCUUCCUGAUCUGGUGUCAGAGACUGUGAUCCUUCUGACAGAGGUAUGGGAUCCCUACAGGGGCCCAGCACCAGCCGUGCCACGGGGGGACGAGGCGGACUUUCUGAAGAUCCAUGUCCGGCACCUCCUAGACAAGACGAACAGGGCCAUCCUGCUUUUCAAAGAGGGCAAGGACAAGAUGUUUGAGGAAAGGUCUAGCUACAGGAGAAACCUGACAAAGCUUUCACUGCUGUUCAGCCACAUGUUGUGGGAGCUGCGAGCCAUGUUUCCUGAUGGUCGAUUCCAGGGUGAUAUAUACAAGCUGACUAAGACAGAGGCACAGGAGUUCUGGAAGAAGACGUUUGGAUACAGGUGUAUAGUUCAGUGGAGCCAGUUUAAGCAUCAGUUAAAACGGGUGCACGGCUUUGAGGAGGGAAUGGAGGCCAUGGCUCUGAAGUCGACAGUUGAUCUCACUUGUAACGAUCACAUUUCUGUUUUUGAGUUCGACAUCUUCACCAGGCUGUUUCAGCCCUGGUCAACACUGCUCAGAAACUGGAACCAGUUAGCAGUGACUCACCCCGGAUACAUGGCCUUCCUGACCUAUGAUCAGGUCAGAGCUAGACUGGAACAUCACAGACAUCGUCCUGGCAGCUACAUCUUCCGUCUCAGCUGCACACGAAUGGGCCAAUGGGCCGUUGGCCAUGUGACAUUUGAUGGCAGUAUUGUACAAACUAUACCAGAGAAUACACCUCUCUUUCAGGCCCUGAUACAAGGAUUCAGAGAGGGAUGCUACUUGUACCCAGAUGGACGUGAUGUGAACCCUGACCUCACUAGCCUGUGUAUGGCACCGCAGAAGGGUCGAGUUAAGGUGACGGAGGAGCAGUAUGAGUUGUACUGUGAAAUUGGAAGCACGUUUCAGUUGUGUAAAAUCUGUACAGAAAGAGACAAGGACACUCGCAUCCAGCCCUGUGGACAUCUUCUGUGCAGACCCUGCCUCACCGGCUGGCAGAAAUCAGAUGGGCACACCUGCCCUUACUGUCGCUGUGACAUCAGAGGGACAGAGUCCAUCCUCGUCGAGCCGUAUCUGCCCGUAACUGGAAGAAGAGAAGAGGAGGAAGACGAGGAUGAAGACCAUGAAGAUGUAGAAAUAGUCAUGAAGGCACUGGCUGCUAUGAAAAGGGCAUCUCUGGAUGAGUACCAGGUCCCCAGGUCCGGUUUAGGACCUCCUCCCCUCCCCCCAAAACACAACAACUCCGCCCUCUCCCCCUGCCCAUCGCCAAGACCCCGCAUGAGACCUUCCACCAGAGGAACACAGACUAAAGGUCACAGCGGCUCAACACAUUCAGAAAAUCUACUAAAUCAAACAGAAGCUUCCUUCAGCAGCAGAGACGAUGCUUUUUCUGACCAAGUAUCAUCCUUGCAAUCAGGCAAAAACACUGGAGUGCUGUGGGCAGGACCUGCAAAUUCAGCAAAAAACAAGAAAGAAAGAAAACGGGAGGAGCAAAGUAUGUAUGAUAGAAGAAUCUCAGAGACACAGCUGCCAACAGGAAGACACAGUCGAAAGGACUUGGACAGACACAGCUUAUCCUGACGGUGCUCCACAGAUCCGCAGGAUGCCAUUAUAGACAGUAAUAUAAGGAUAGAUUACAGUGUUUUUUUCUGCAUAUAGUUUGUUCUAGAGAGUUCAUCGGCCUUUACAACCACAUAGAAGGUCUAUCAAAGUGUACUGAAACCAUGUUUAAGUGGUUAACCUAACUGUCUUAAGUUUUUAGAUUCUACCUCACUCAUGCUGAAGGCUCCUUUACACAUCCUUUACAUAUAUCAAUGAAUAUGCCGUUUCACAUGUUGUGACCAUCACUGCCUAAAUACUUCUACAUGUAAUGCUUUAUGCUGACAUGGAUAUUUAGGAAUGCAUCUAUUUAAAAGCUGAGUUGAAAUUAACAGGUCAUGAUAAUGUACUUGCUGCAAAGGGUCACAGUCAGCUGUUAAAAAAACAGCAGUUAGGUUAAUUUUCUUACUGAGUUCCUACUUCGUCAUGUUCAUAUAUUCGUCUGUAUCUGCAAGCUUUUAGAAAACACGCACAAAUACAGACAAAUUAAACUCUUUCUGUAUUUGUACUUAACUUUAAGCAUAAAUGAGCAGUAAGAAUAGAAAUACUGUGUUCUGCUGUAUACUGAAGAAUCCAGAAUAUGACAGUCUUACUUGAUUUUAGGCAUAAACAUAGACCACACAUACAAUUAAAUCAUACAUUACAGGCCAGACAGCUUAAACAGAAAGUCAAUAA